CCUGUGAUUGUUUCGAAUUUUAAAAGUGUUGUCGGAUUUCCUUCGAAGACGAACACGCGGGAACCAAACUUGAGGAUUCACCAGAUGUAGAUAUCGCGGACAGAAUGUGCGACAGUUCUUUGUGUUGGUCGUGAUUUAUAUGGCUGUAUGCAUUAACUGAAUGAAUAUUUUUGUGUCCUGUUAUCUGCAUGUUUUAAUGAGCAGGAACGUGAUUGUCGUUCAGUUUUUGGACCAGAUAUUUGUGUGCAGAGUGGUUCGUCAGUCGUUUAGUGGUACAAAUAUUACCACUCGAACACAUGUUUUUCAUCAGUCCAGCAAGUUUAUUUCUACCAAUGCAUUGCCCGAGGAACCACUGUUCUCCUGCUUUCGGCAUACCGAGUGUGUGUUUGUAUGUGCGUGUGUAGCAAUGUAGAAUGGGUCGUCAGCACAAAAGUUUCGCGGUCGUUUUGAAGAAUAAAACUUGAAAACUUCAACGGGACAUCGAUGGGGAUUUUGUGUGUUUGCCCACAUUUUUGGAAUAACGUCUCUGCAAUCGCGGGGAUUUUCUCAUACUUUGCAUACUUGCAAAAGACAACUUCAAAAGAUGCCAUGUUUGUUCGUCAACAAUUUUGACAGUGAGGACGAAAUGGCCGCCAUUCAGCCAGACGAGGCAGGCACUCACUAUGUAACCUGUCGACGUAACGGAUGGACGAUUCCUCCUCGUGGGUAUCAACUCCUUGCCUGGGUUAUCGAAAUCUACUUCAUACUUAUAAACUUUGGAAUGAUUGUUCCUUCGUUUUCAGAAGAAUUGCAAGCCAUAUGUUACGUUCUGAACGGUUUGGCGACUGUUGCGCACGUCCUGCUUGUCAUCAUUACAACGUCUAUCAACCCAGCACACGAGGCCGUGUUAAAGAAACCCGUUCGGCGGACGUUGGCCGUCUUUGACAGCAGAACACAUGCGCAUAUAAUCGAGAACCACUACUGCAAUCUGUGCGAAAUACACGUUGAUGAGAAGACAAAACACUGCAAAGACUGCUACAAAUGUGUUUCGCACUUAGACCACCAUUGUGAAUGGCUCAACAACUGCAUUGGCAGAAGAAAUUACCAAUGGUUCAUCAUGACAGUGGCUAGUGCUGUGGUUUCGUUUUGUCUGAUUCUGUGCAUGUCGUUAGCCCAGUUUGUCGGUUACUUUACUGAUCGAAAGAGUAGCAGCAUACUCCAACCAUACAAAGGGAACGGAUCCGACGAUGCUGCAUUUUUUAUCCUUUACCAACCAGCACCAGACUGGGCGUGGAUGACAUUUCAGUCUGUCACGAUAUUGUUUGGCAUCAUAUGUGUCUCCUUGUUGACUGCUCUUCUCGGUUUGCAUUGCUACUUCGGCUGUAAUUACGACUGUAUUCAUGCGCGAAAGCCAGAAGCCCAAGGAGGAGGAGCCCAAAAAGAGAGCCAAGCUUUAAAAAAGAAAUGUGCCAACACGAAUCGUUUCAAGCCUUAUAAAGAAACAACCAUACCGGUUACUGAAAACAGAUUAUUACAAAGUACCAAUGACGUGAACCAAAUUGUUGAGUCUGUUGAAGAAACACCAUCGCCAGCUGCAAGUGAAGGAAACCCAAAGUAAAAAUUGAGUGAUGCAAGCAUUACAGCAGUUUACGUAACCAGAGGAGAAAGAUUCAGUCAAUCAUUGAUCAAACAGAUUGUUUAAUAAACCGAUAAUCACUAUA